AUGGAUAAUACUAAUAUAUACGCUGCCUCCCAAGCUUCUGGGGCGAACGAGUCUCGUAUGAACGCUACCCCUCAGGCGCAGUUCGCGCCCACUGAAGCAACUACCAAAGCAGCUACUAGGCUGGUCACGUCGAGCAACAAGGAAGGCACCCAGUCCACUAUCAGUCUUCGCACCGAAGAAAGAGACACGGAUAGUAUAGAGAAUCCCACUGAGAAGAACAAGGCCAAUUUCAUCAUCUCCCACACCCCAGAAGUAGCUGCUGGAGUGAUCGAGGCCGUAUACAAAGAACUAAGCCGAGUGAGCGACUACAAGGUCGAACUUCGAGAAAGCCCCCAAGGUUCUUUCAUAUCGAUUACUGGCAUCGCCAAGAACAUCGAUGAAUACGUCAGAUUGGCGCAGGACGUGGCUGACGACUUCAUUUUUAACGAGUCCACCGGGGGAUCUACUGUUUUCGUAGAGCCACCGCCCCAGAUUGACAGCACUACCCAGGUUGUUUUACACAUCGACCCGGUUUCGGGCGAAGUACGACCAAUGUUACAGCCAGGCCAAGAUGCUAUUACCAGCUUGCCACACCUGGAAACUCCUGAGGAGUUCAGAGCGAAACUGAGCCAGUACCUCUACAAGUCACUGGUCAAAGCUGGUCGUCUCAAGUUGUCAUUAACACUAAGAGUUUACUUGGGUCAGUUCAUGUUGCGAAAGUAUCCUAAGGGUAAGGGGAUAUAUGGAUACAGUGACUUCCAUACCAUGGUGAAGCAUCCCCGUGCCUCUGGGUGGCUGAAGAGUUGGGUCGGCAAUGAAACACUAGCCCGGAGAGUUCUAGAUUUUGUCAGGAACAACACAAAGGGUCCGUUCCAACCCACUGGCAAUCAGGCGAACGUGACGGCGGAUGUUUUGCCGCAAUAUGCCCUCGAGAUGCGCACUGAGGGCACCAAGUUUGACGUACCGAUCAAAAAAAGAACCAGCGGAAUGUCAAGAGGUACUGCAGCUUGUCAACUCUAUCGCGUAACUUCGAGUACGCUAGGUGCCAAUCCAGCCGAGGCUAAUAUUUAUAACUUGAGCCUUGGGAAGAAUCUCGACUGGCAAUUGGAAGGUAUCGAUGAGGACAAGGGUGCAAAGACGUUCCCAGAAGUCACCCAGUACUUAAGAUCCGCCAAGGCCGAACUUCUAAACUCGGAGCGACCACACGACCUUAACGUUUACCCUAGCGUGAAGCUAGAACCCCUCAUCGCAGUAGAGAACAAAAUCAAGUACGUCGCAGUCAAGACCAUCUACCACUUUAGAUGGAAGUUCACGUCGUACAUUGUCGAGGUCGCGAUCAACCACCGAUGGGACAGCAUCCCCGCGAUGAGAGCUAAGGCGGUACCCAAGACCGAGCUUGGAAUCAGUAUCUUUGGAGAAGACUGGGAUUCGGAAGACGAUGCAAUUGGAAACGUCUGGGGCGAUGAGUUGCAGUAUCUACUUGAAGGCCUCCGAGGUUCAACGGCGCCUAACGGCCGUGACAGAGUGGCCCAUUUCUUACAGACAGUUGGUGAUAUCCGCGAUGCUUUGGAGCACCUUUUCUAG